AUGAAUAGAAAAGAAAUAGUAGAAAAUGAAUUGAUAUCAAUUAAGGAUAAUAGCAAGAAAUAUCCUUAAUUAUUUAAAGUAAACCAUUCAAAUUUAUAUGUUUAAAGGUUUUAGAAUCAAAUUUGUUAGAAUUAGAUACUCAUUCUUUAUUAUAGCAAUUAUUGCCUUAAAUUGUCAGUUCAAAAAAUAUUAAAUUAAUUUCAUUAGGAAUAGGAUUAAUCCAGAAAUUGUAACAUUUUACAUAAUUAACUACAGUAUUAUUUACAUUAUAUUAGAAUGACCUUGAUAUCAUAAUUGAAUAUUUUAAUAUUUCAAAAUAACAGUAGGAUGAAACAAUAGACAUAAGGUUAGUUUCAACUUUAAUUCACAUUAUUGGUCCUGAUAUCAUCGAUUUUUAAAAUUCAAAUCAAAUUCUUAAAGUCUUAAAUUUGUUAAUAUACUUUUCAUCUUCCAAUAAUCCAAUUAUAGCAUAAUCAUCAAUAUAAGGUAUUCUUACUAUUAGCAAUGUUUUGGAAGAAUUAUUAUAGAACUAAUAGAAAAAUGAACUAUUGCAAUCCUAUUUUGAAUUAUUAGAAUUAUUUUUUAAGAUAUUUCAAGAUAAGGAGCAAUCAUUUAUUUAUGUAUCAAACAACUUAAUAUUAUGUAUUUAUCUUAUCUGAUUUCAAUCAAAUUAGGCAAAGAUAUUUUUAUUAUAAUUCUGAAAUGUGGAAAAUAUUUACAGCAAAUUGAGCAAUUUCAUACUUUUUAUCAUGAAACUCUAUAUACCUACUUAAAAAGUAUAAAUUUAAUAUAGGAAACCAACAUAAUGAAUAGUAAGAAUCAAAAUUUAAUUAGAAAUUAACAUAAUAAGAUUAGUAUUUAAUUAUAUACUAACAAUCGAGGACAAAUUUGAUUUAAUAGCUUUAUUGAUGAAUACAUAUAGUAAAUUAAAACCAAAUGAUUAAAGUAAAAUAGCAAUUCAUGAUGGCAUUUUAUGUCUAUAUUCAAAUUUAACAAUAUUCAAAAAUUUAUUAAUAAGAUAACCAGUUGGUAAUAGUUAUAAUGGUAUCUAUUAUCUUAUAUUUAUAAUUAGAUUAUAACGAUUUAAUAUUGAAAUCUAUUUAUUAAUAUUGUCUUUGUGGAAUAAAAGAAUAUCAGACUUAACAAUCUCCAAAGUAAAGUAUUUUGAUAAACAAAUUAACAGCAUCUUAUAUUGAUUGCAAUUUACAAAUGCUACCAAAUAUUUUUGUAUAAUAAAUAAGUAAUAUAAAAUAUAUUAAAAGUUAGAAAGUUUAACUUAGAUAAUUACUGACAAUAUGUAAAAACUUCUUUAAUUAGAUGAAUUUCAGAAUGAAGGGAAUGGUUAAUUAUAAGAAAUUAAGAAUUAUAGCAGACUUUUGUAAUCUACAAUAUUUAACAGUGAGAAUGAUGAUCAAAUGGCAGAAAUACAAGAAACUGAAAGUGAUGAUAUAAGACUUAAAACUUUUUUUGAAAAAUUAUGGAGACCUCUUCUUAGAAUUAUGAAGCAGAUUCUAAAAAUAGCUAAUAAUUAAUAAUAUACUAAUUUAUUAGAAUAUUUAUAAUCUUGGAUUUAAUUUAGUUUAGAGCAAGAUUAAAUUAAUAGUUUUUAAUUACUAAUUAGAUUUUUGGCUGCUUAAUCUGCUCCAUCAACUUUAAAGUAUAAUGAAACAGAUAAAUGGCUAAUUGCAUGUAAAAUAUUUGAAGAAAUUCUUUAUAGCAAUGUAAAUUUAUUAAAUGCAAAAACAUGGAAUCUUAUAUUCUAAACAUUAUAAAGAAUAGAAUAAGUUGUUACUAAAUCAACUUAAAUAAAGAUGACUAAUGAGAUAUUUUAUCGUAGUACAUAAUAUCAAGAAGCAACUGUUUUUUAAAUGGUUGAUGGAUUAAAUUAAUUAGCACUUUAAGUUUCAGAAAGACUUCAAAUAAGUCAAAAGAAAACUUUUGAUUCAAUUUAUAAAUCAUUUGCAAUUGAUAAAUUACUACUUAUAAUUAAUAACAAUUGGUAAAGAAUUCAUUUACUGUGGACCAUAAUAGAUGCUUUGUAUUUCUGUUUAUGUAGUUCCAAAGUAAUGGAAAUGCGUCUUAAUGCUAUUCAUAAAUAUAGAGAUACAAUAUUUUCAGGUAUUGAAUAUAAUAAAAACAAUAAAUUGAAAUGGGGAGAUAAUUGGAUCUAAUAUUUAUUAAAUCCAUUAUCUGAAUUAAUAAUGCUGCCAUAUGAAGAUCUUAAAGAAAAUAUUUUAUAAAUAAUAUCAAAUCUAAUUCAAGAACAUCAUAAAUAUUUGCCUUAAGAAGCUUUUAAGAUUUUUGUUUAAUUAAUUGAAGUUGUAUUAAAUGAUUUUUUUAGCAAAGAAUUCAAUCAUCAAGAAUUAAAUUAAUAAGAAUAUAAAUCAUUAAUAUUUAGAACCUAGCUAUCCAUCUAAUGUAUUUGUGAUAUAAUAUCUAAUCAUAUUGAUAAUUUAGAUAAAUCUUCAAUUUGUAAAUUAGCUUAAAUAUUUAUAUCAUUAAAUAAACAAAAUGAUUGUAAACAUUAUAUAUAAUUAUUAUAGUUAAUUUUGAAAUAACUAAUAAAAUUAUUUGUAUGACUUGGCAAGUUUAAGAGAAACUUGCGUAAUUAGAAAUCAUUGAUAAUGAGUUCUAAUAAAUUUGUUUGAAGUUAUAUAAAAAUUGUUUAGAUAAUCAAGACGAUCUAAAAUAUGCUUCAAUACAUAUUUCAAGUUAAAUCUGCUGUAUAGCUUAGGAUUCUUAUUUUACAGAAUUGUUUUCAAUACUAGAAGAAUUAAUUUAACAUUCAAUGGAAUAUUUUCUUAAGAUUGAAUAACAUUAGCUAUUUCUUAUCUAAUAGACUCCUAGAUUUAUAUAAUUACCUAUGGAAACUCCUAAAUUCUAAGGAUCAAUUAAAUAAAUGAUUUUUGACAAAUCUACAUCCUUAUAAUUAUUUAAGCAAUAAUUUGAAUUAGUAAAGUUAUGCAUAUAAAAAAUAAUAGAUGUUAUUAUUCAUAAAUCAUUAUAUCCUAAAUUCUACUAUUAUUUGCAAUUAUUUAAUCAGGCAUAAUGUGUUUAUGUAAAACAUGAAAUAGUAUUGGGAUGUUAAAGAAUAAUAAAGUCUAAUUCAGAUAAACAAAUAUUAAUAGGUUCUAUUGAUUUCUUAGUUACUCUAAUUAAUUAUGAAUAAACUUUAGAUUUAGAGGAUGUUUAAUUUUAUAUGGAGAAUAAAACUUUCGAAAUAUUUUGUGAUGUAAUUAAAUUAAUUAUACCUAUAAAUCAUAAGAAAGGAUUGUAUGCCUUAUAAUUAUUGUUCAAUUUUUUAUGUUAAGAUCAAAUAAUUAAUAUAUUGAAUGAUGAUAAUAAUAUAUUUAACUACUAUUAUAAAUAAUGUUUAUAAUUUGAUAUACUUGAAGAGGAUAUAAUAGCAGAGUGGUUGCAUUUUAUAAAUUAACAAAUAUCUUAAUUAAGUAUAGUUGCAAAACAUCAAUACUUUGUUGAGUUUCUUAUAAAUAGUUUUGAAAUGAUAAUUAAUAAAAGAUAAUUAAAUAAAAAUGAUUUGAAUGAAGCAAAUAAAUUUGUAGGUGUUUUAAAUGGUUUUUUAAGUGUAAAAAUUUAUAUAUUCAAUAGAAAUGCUAAAAAAUAAUUAAUGAUAAUUCUGAGAAACUAUAACUAAUUUUAAUGACAAAAUUAAAAAGUAUCAUAAUAAAUAUGAUACCAUCUUUAGAUUAAAGUUAAAUUGAAUAGUUAUUUGAACCUCUUAUUACAUAAUAAUUAACAAGUAAAAUUUAUAAUAAAUUUAUAGUUUCAAACAAAAGAACAUAAGAUUGGAUAUCAUUUUAUGUAAAUGAUGCAUCAUAAUAUUUAAAUAAUGAAUAAUAAAAUAUUAUUAUUUAAUUGUUUACUAAUAAUUACAUGAAUAAAUUAAAGAUAUCAGAACAUGAAACAUAAUAAUUGAUAAUAAUUAGUUUAGUAGGAUUUCUAGAUAUGGAUAAUCCAAUUAUAGAAAAGUUUUCAUUAUCUAUACGAGAUACUCUAUUAAAUAGCAUCCAUGAAAAUUUAUAAUUAUUCUUGAAUGAAUAAAAUAUCUCAUAUGAGAGAUAAUUUAAUAUUUAACUUAUGUUAGAUUUUUUAAGUAGAUUUGAGAAAAAUGAUUUAAAAGAAUUUUAUUCCACUUUUGUAAAAAUGAUAAAAUGUGAAUCAUUAGAAAUUAGAACAAAACUUAUAAUACUUCUUAGUAAAUAUGUUUGA